AUGAGAAAAUCGAUCGUAUCGAAGAGUGUUGACGACAUGGCGCAGAAGAUCCAUUAUUUGCAAUCUGUUUUGUUCACUCUUAAGUUCAUAAACAACUUUUCUGAUGACCCUCUGCUGAAGAUGCUUGGACCUAACUCAGAUCCUAUUUAUCUCGAGCUUUGCAUCAGUUCAAGAGAGUCUUUGGAGAUUUCAAAAGGUCUCACCAUGAGGAACUCUGAAGGCAGUUACAGCAUUUCUUUAUGCCUGAAACUGGAAAAUAAUGAAUUCACAGCAUCUCUUGCAAAUGAGGAAUUAGUUUUCUUUAUGGCUUCCGCAUUAAUCACCUUCCCAGUAAUGAGUGCUUGGAUGUUGCUCUCAUCAAAACUCACUAGCUGA